UUCUCGAUUUCGAAAUACUUCAUUACUCAUCAUUUGAUGGCAGGUGCUGACGAAAUUGUGUGCAAUGGUCGGACAAUAGUAUUACCAUCAUUAGAAGUUGUGAAAACAAUACCAAAGAUGUCAGCGGGCUCUAAUAUUGAUUGGUUGUUGCAUAUUUAUUUCGCCCGUAAGGAUUUUAUGCGAUGUAAGAUGCUUAUCGACCAGGAGUUAUACAAACAUCUGAAUCCGGAAUACUUGUAUUUUGUGAAGGGUUUAAUUGACCGUGAAGAGGGCAACCAUAUUGAAGCCAUGCACAAUCUUCAGAAGGCUAUCGAACUGAAUUCAAGAAAUGUGGAAACGUACAAAGAAAUCGGCAAGACACUGUUCAUUAUGGGACGCUUUAAUCAGGCUCUUAAUGUGUUUCGUGAGGCCGAAGAACUUUCACCCCGGCCAGAUCACGAGAUUUACCAUUAUAUUGGUAGUUUGCUGCAUCGUUCAUCGUCAGCAAGUAAUCAGUUGGAAGUGGCACGUCAAGAGGCUGCCGAAGCGAAGAUGUACUUUCAGAAAGCUGUGCAGUGCGGAAAAAAACUGGAAAGUUUUCAAAGGCUUGCAGAAAUUUAUCGCAAAGAGAAGGAAUACGGCAAAGCAAUUGAAGUGCUUGAGAAUUGCCUUUUAAUUGCACCGGAAAAUACUGCAGUUUUAACAGAAAUUGGUGUGCUUUAUUUAAAAGUAAAUGAAACCCAAAAAGCUUUUGAUAGACUGCUUGAGGUUAUUAAUAUCGAUGGUAAAUGUUCAAAGGGCUUACUGGCAUUUGGUGCUAUAUUACAAUCUCGAAAUGAUGUCGAUGGUGCCUUAUCCAAAUACAGAGAAGUCGCUAUUACAGAACCCGAUAAUGCUGAGCUGUGGAACAACAUAGGACUUUGUUUCUUCAAGAAACAAAAAUAUAUUCUAGCCAUUUCCUCAUUAAGAAAAUCCAUUUGGCUCUCACCAAUAAACUAUAACGCGCUGUACAACUUGAGUUUAAUAUAUAUUGCAGCUCAGCAGUAUUCGAGCGCAUUUCAUACACUUGCUGCCGCCAUAAACUUGCGCAAGGAUAGUCCUGAAUGUUAUAUGCUACUCGGAAUUUGUUUGCGGAAAUUAGAAGAUUCGGAAAAUGCAUUUACUGCGUUCGAGCGGUCAAGUGGGAUUGUGUCCAAGAAAGCCAAUGCACGCAACCCACUGAUUUAUUUAAAUUUCGCACUAUUUUGUUAUGAAACAGGACGAAUUGCUAUGGCAUCCGAGCAGUACAAUCUCUUCCUCUCCACAUCGCAGGAUUUACUUUUACCAACUGAAUACAAGUUUCAAGCAACUAAGCUGAAAUCACUUUUAAAAAUUCCAAAUAAUUUUAUAUUUGCUCCUGUUGAUGAAGAGAACCCAUCACCACCCACGCAUAUCGUGACCACGCAACAUAACAGUGGCAGCAACAACAACCGUUUAGCGAAUAAACUUCAUAAUGAGGAUUUAGUGUUUAGCGAGGCACAAUCAGAAUUCCCAUUGGAAGUUAAUACGGUUGUUAAUUCAACUGGUGGUGUGCCAGACGAAAAAGUGGACGCGUAAUAUUUUUCAAAAGCUGUCAGUGUACGUGACUGAACAAGGAACUCAGCAGGCAAUAAAAUACUCUAUUAGAUUGUGAUUGAUAUGACCAAAAGAAAUAAUUAUAAAAUUUA